GCUCUCAUAUCAACACAAAGCUCUGGAGCUGCUCCUGAUAGUGUCCAGUACAAACCAAAACGAGGAUUUCAAGCUUCGCAAGUAGUUUAAAAAUCGGGAAAUGGACCAGAAAGACACAGAAAUGAACGAAAAAGGAGUUUCUUCUUCUACCAGUGGAGUUGUUGUUCAAGUCAGAGAGAAGAAAGGAGCUUUACGCGCUGCCAUCCCCUAUAUGCCUUUCCCAGUAGCUGUCAUCUGCCUGUUCCUCAACACAUUUGUGCCCGGACUGGGUACAUUCAUCUCAGCCUUCACGGUUCUGUGCGGAGCGAGGACAGAUCUUCCCGACAGACACAUGUGCUGCGUUUUCUGGCUGAACAUCGCAGCCGCCUUCAUCCAGAUCGUCACUGCCAUUGUCAUGGUGGGCUGGAUCAUGAGCAUAUUCUGGGGAAUGGACAUGGUCAUUCUUGCAAUUUCUGAAGGCUACAGGGAGCAGGCCGCCCCUCAGCAGCUCUGAUUGCCGUCCUCCAAACCUAAUCCUGAAUGUGCGCCUUUCUCCCGUGCUGUCUGGCCAACACGUAUGGGAGCUUUGAGAUGACCCCACGUGGCCUGGGAGAUCCAGGGGCUGACCACAUGAUUCUCAGCCCAACUCCUGCUACUUCCUGUCAGGUACUGCGUCAAGGGCACCUGACUGUUGAGGGACAGCAGAAGAGCAUGAACAUUCUGUCAAUAUCACUAAAAAUUGUCCAAACGUGCGAACCGUCUAUGUGCCGAACACAUCCUAUACCUGUCAGGGAAAAUCGAUCUUAAUCAUACUCUACUCUGUAGUCUUAAUGUAUUAAGCUGACCAAUAUACACUAUGGACAUUUGAGUUUGUAAAAUAACUAUAUUUGUUAAAAAGCUUUGAGGUAUCUGAUGAAGUAGCUGAAAGAACCUGCAUUAUUAACUCGCCCUCAUGCCUCUUCAUUUUUGGGUGAACUACUCCUAUUUUGUUUCCCACAGAGAACUAUGAAUAUAUAUAACACUGUAUAUUUUAAUGUCAUGUGCAUUACAGUGUCUCCAGUAUUUCUUUAUAGUGUGCUGUGUUUUUAUUACUCAUAUUAAGCCUUAUAAAAGAGAAAGUGUGUAUUUAUGUGAAUUUAUAAAACAUACUGUACAUUGUAUUCUGCAAAAAAAUACAUCACCUGUUAUUGUUAAUCUCUAUUAGUCUUAAAUAUCCAGAGACCAUCAGCCAAAAACAUAACCUUUUUGCCCAGUAAUUAUCUGUUGUUGAGUAAAACAGCCAAGUAUUGGUGAAUCAUGGUAGGCCAGUUGCCAUAGUGACUGGCCACUUUAAUCAACCCAUGCAUAGGGUAUGAAAUAACGUAAUUAAGUGCAAGUUAUUUUUAUGUGACUGAUAAAGAGUAAGGCACGGAGAACAGUAAAAACACUAUGAUUUAAGACUGACAUUGAAAAAUGAACCACCAAUCGCAAAUGACUGCAGCAACUGAGUAAGCAGAAUUUGUGCUCUUGCUGAGUGAGUUUACAAUAUAUUUGGAAAAAUUCAAGCCCAGAUAUGAGGUACUCUGAACUGGUUUCUAAUAUUUAACUCACACUGAAGAUUUUUAAAUCUGGUUGAGUCUCUUUUUUGGAUGUUAUUAAUGGAUAUUUGCUGGUCUCUGGUGUGAAUGUGUGCUGUGAAUGUGUUUGUUUUGGACUUGUUGUAAAUAUGGACAAAAAGUGAAAUAGUCAUGUAAAUUUGUGUGCUGUUGUGUUAAGUGCUGCCUUUUAAAUACAAACAACAUAAUCCAGUGCUAAGUCCAAAGGCAUAAAUAUAGUACAGCCAAACAUAUGUUACCAAGCAGACUUACACAAUGAUGCUGUCACAUCUCCAGAAAUGUCAGAGGUGCCAUAUCCAAUAAAUUCUGCUUUCAAAAAGUG